AUGGCCUCGCUGCCCUACCGCCGAGCAUCCGUUCAAGCUUCCCGGAAAGCUUCCACCGACCCCAGGGAGGAGCUGGAUGUCCAUCUCGAUCACUAUAUCGGCAUUGAUGUCGGAACUGGCAGUGCUCGUGCCUGUAUCAUCGAUGCCAAGGGUGAUAUUGUGGGAUUGGCCUCUGAAAACAUUGGCCUUUGGCAGCCAGAGCAUGGUUACUAUGAACAAUCUACCUCUGAUAUUUGGCGUUGCAUCUGUAUUGCCGUCCAGCGUGCUGUGAGCCAGCAUAAUAUCAACCCUGACACUGUACGGGGUAUCGGAUUCGACGCAACAUGCUCCUUGUCCGUGUUCGCCAAUGAUACAGAUGAGCCAAUCUCAGUCACUGGUCCGAACUUCGACUCGGACCGCAAUGUGAUCUUGUGGUUGGAUCACCGUCCCGUCGAGGAAGCGGCCAAGAUCAACGCCACUAACCAUAACCUUUUGCGUUAUGUUGGAGGCAAAAUGUCCAUUGAGAUGGAGAUCCCGAAGGUCCUUUGGCUGAAGAACCACAUGCCAGCUGAGCUCUUCGAAAGAUGCAAGUUUUAUGAUCUAGGUGAUGCACUCACACACAUCGCUACCGGCAACGAGAAGCGAAGCUUCUGCAGCGUUGUUUGCAAGCAGGGUUAUGUUCCUGUUGGCGUCGAUGGGAGCGUCAAGGGUUGGCAAGAAGACUUCCUGAACGAUAUUGGAUUGGGCGACUUGGCCAAGGACGAUUUCAAACGCAUGGGCGGAGUUGACGGGGUGAAUGGUGAUUACCUGAGUGCUGGUGAGUUGGUCGGCACUCUGUGUGACAAAGCUGCCGCCGAAUUAGGCCUGCCAGCUGGCAUUGCCAUUGGCAGCGGUGUGAUCGAUGCUUAUGCCGGCUGGAUUGGUACCGUUGGAUCGAAGGUCGAUCUAGGAUCAGGCCAAUCCAUCGCAGAGGCCCCCAAGCUCGAUAGAUCCGAGGCCUUCUCACGGCUCGCAGCUGUGGCAGGAACCUCGACCUGUCAUCUUGCUAUGUCGCCGGAUCCCGUCUUCGUAGACGGUGUCUGGGGUCCAUACCGGGAUACCAUUCUUCCCGGAUACUGGAUGGCUGAAGGUGGACAAUCAGCCACAGGCGAGUUGCUCAAGCAUGUCAUCGAAACCCACCCGGCCUUCCAACAAGCCCACUCAAUCGCCGAGUCAUACCAUGCCAACAUCUACGAAUAUUUGAACGAGCAUCUGAAAGAGAUGGCCCACGACCAAGGUGCUCCUUGCGUCUCCUACCUAGGACGCCAUUUCUUCUUCUACGGUGACUUAUGGGGCAACCGUUCACCCAUCGCCGAUCCAAACAUGACGGGGUCGAUCUUCGGCCUGACCAGCGAUAAAUCAGUAGACGGGCUUGCAAUUUACUACUACGCCACUCUCGAGUUCAUCGCGCUGCAAACCAAGCAGAUUGUCGAGACAAUGAACAAGGCAGGCCAUCGUAUCACUUCAGUGUUCAUGUCAGGCUCUCAGUGCCAGAACGACAUCCUGGUCAACCUUGUUGCAUCAGCUUGUGAAAUGCCCGUGCUGAUUCCUCGCUACAUUCACGCUGCGGUGUGCCAUGGUGCUGCCAUGCUGGGUGCGAAGGCCGCCAGCGCUGAUUCUCAGGGUAAGACUGAAGAUCUGUGGGAUAUCAUGAACCGGAUGAGCAAGCCUGGAAAGAAAGUGUUGCCGACGGGGGAUGCAAAUGAAAAAGCUUUGCUCCGGGUUAAGUAUGAGGUCUUCUUGGAUCAGUGCUUCAAGCAGCAGAAAUACCGUGGAAUGGUCGACGAAGCUGUGGGCGCGUGGAAGUCCACCUAA